CAUCCACCAUCUGGCCGUCUGUCUAGUCCUCUCUCUCUCCACUCUGUAGUCUUCCAUGCUGCUGCUUUCGCUACAUCGUCUUCGGCUCCGUUAUCCAAACACCUCCGCGCCUGUUCUACUCCCUCGUCCUCGGCGACCGUUUCAUCGCACAACACCUAGGCUCAACAAGGACAAGGAAGGAAGAAGACGUCCAGCACUUGGCAUCCGGCGCGAAGACCCGGCGCGAAUAUGGGAGCGGCGGUGCCCUCUAACUCCCGAAGCUGUCGAGCGACUCGUACAUGAAGACGGGGUAGAUGUGUAUGUUCAGCCUUGUGAGAGGAGGGUGUGGAAGGAUGGGGAGUUCGUUAAGGCAGGAGCCAAGAUCCACCCAACCCUCUCCCCAGCAGACAUAAUCCUCGGUAUCAAAGAAACACCUCUCGAAGAGGUCCUCAUCUCUCCAGCACCUUCUUCUUCAUCUUCUCAUUCUAAUAAUAUGAAUACUCUGAGACCGAGAACCCAUAUUAUGUUCUCGCAUACACAUAAGGGACAAACGUACAACACACCUUUGUUAUCGAAAUUCCUCGCUUCUCCGUCCCAGUCGGUUGAGAAGACGAAGACGUUAGCGACGCUCAUUGAUUGGGAACUCCUUACAGACCCGAAUGGGAAGAGGACGGUUGGGUUUGGCUGGUUUGCAGGAGUUGCCGGAGCUCUAGAAGGUCUCGUCUCGACCGCACAUUUACAUCUCAACCUUGGCGUUGCUUCGCCUUUCUUGGGAACACCGCGCCCACACACCGCCCCUCUCCCCUCCCUCCUCUCCUCCCUACGCAACAUCGGGGAGUUAAUAGCCAGAGACGGUACACCAAGGAGCAUGGGUCCUUUCAUCAUCGUAGUUACCGGAUCGGGACAAGUAUCCGCCGGUGCGCUACACCUUCUUCGCGAGACGCUUCCCAUUCAAGAUGUCACUGUUGAGAGUCUUCCGAGGCUCAUUAGGGAUCCUGAUACAUCGCUGGACAAGAUAUACCUCCUACACGCAACGCAAGAAACAUACCUCUUCAACCGAACAACGGGCGAACGAGCCGACCGACAAUCUUACUACGCGAAUCCGGCAAACUUCGAGUCACGUUUUCACGAACUUAUUGCGCCGUACAUGACACUCCUUAUUAACGGCGUUGGCUGGACGCCUGAGUCGCCGAGACUUAUGUCGAUCGAGCAGACUGCUGCUGCACUCGCGCGUGUUUGGGAGUUACAGCAAGAGCUUCAGAAUGGGAAUGGCAACGAGCAAAGAGGUUCCCUUGAUGCGGACUCAGACUCGUAUUCGGGCCUGAGCCCGCGAGACGUGAUGAAGGGGAGAUGUCAGAGUUAUGCAGACGUGAGCUGUGAUAUUGAGGGCGGCCUAGGCUUCCUAACACACGCCUCAACCCUCUCCCAACCCUCCUUCACAAUCGACCUCCAAUCGUCAUUCCCCAACCUGUUACUCCCACCUUCUCCCUCUCCACUCCCACAAUUACAAAUGAUGUCAGUCGACAUCUUACCUACAGCUCUCCCACUAGAAGCAAGUGAGAGCUUUAGUAAAGGUAUUGUUCCCUACGUGCGGAACGUAGCGAACCGGUAUCGGUAUGCCAACGUCUCUACCUCUACUACUAGUUGGCAAGAUGGGAAGACAGUGGAACAGUUAGAUGAGAAUGCUGAAGGGACGGAGAUACACGCUGCGUUGGAGAGAGCGACGAUCGCGUCGGAGGGGAAGCUUAGGAAACGGCAUGUGUGGUUACAGGGAAUGGUGGAUGUUUAUCGGGCUCGGAGCUUGAGUUCAUCAGAAAGUGCUGGGUCAACGAGUGCUUCGGAUGCAGGUCGAACUCCAGCGAAUUCGACAGCGGCAUGGAGUUCUAGUUCUAGUUCGCAAGUACAGGCUGCAAUACCACCAAGGAAGAGGAUUUUGCUACUUGGGAGUGGGAUGGUUGCGGGUCCGGCAGUAGAGGGAAUUUGUAGGCGAGGCGAUGUCGAAUUGAUCGUAGCGAGCGACCAACCAUCACGCAAUACCUUCCUAUGUAACGCAACUCCCGUUACCAUUGACAUGUCUCAGAGGGAUAAAGUCGGGGAACUGAUACAAAAUGCCGAUGUUGUUAUCAGUCUUCUUCCAGUCCCUCUUCACCCUGCGGUAGCAGAACUCUGCAUCGAGCAUGGUCGACACCUCGUAACAGCCUCAUACAUCUCCCCAGCAAUGCGCGCCUUACACGAUCGCGCAAUCAACUCUGGCGUCCUCCUACUAAACGAAAUCGGCCUAGACCCAGGGAUCGACCACUGCUCCGCACUCUCCCUCCUCGCCUCUCUCCGCAAGCAGAAGAAGAAAGUCGUCUCGUUCACCUCGUUCUGCGGUGGUCUACCCGCACCCGAGUGUGCUGACGUGCCGCUUAAGUAUAAGUUCAGUUGGAGUCCGAGGGGUGUGUUGAGUGCUGCUUUGAAUGGGGCGCAGUUCCUUGUGUAUGGGAAGGUUCAAAACGUAUCGAGUGACGAUCUCCUUCGUUCGAACAUCCCUCAACUCCCCAUAUCAGAUGUAUUACAACUCGAAGGUCUACCAAAUCGUGAUAGCCUGUCGUACUCGACUACGUACGAUCUUCAUAAAUCUCAAGGAUUGCGAACACUCUUCCGUGGAACUCUAAGAUACCCGGGCUUCAGCAGUCUCCUCCACUCUUUCAAACAUCUCGGCCUCCUAGACACUGAAGAUACCGCCCGCAAACUCCAGAUUCACUCUUACUCCGACCUCAUUCGGGCAUCCGUUGAGGACCUCACGGGCGUCGCUAUUAACGCUAACGACUCUGCUUCAUUCACCAGUGCGAUUCGCGAUUUAAUUCGGUCAAAUAAUAAUGAAAGCGAAGAGGAACUGGAGGACCUAUUCGAAGCUAUUCGUUGGCUUUCCCAUCCAGGAGGAACGGGCGACUAUUCAAGUUCAUCUCUUCGGUUACCGGACCCACCGAAAGAAGCGAAGGCACCAAUCGACCUAUUCGCAACUCUCCUCUCUCACAAGCUGGCUUACAAACCAGGUGAACGAGAUCUCGUUGUCUUGCAUCACGAAAUCAUCACUUCCUCUUCCUCCUCUUACCCUCAAGGCCAGUCGCAUGAUACCGAGGCUAUCGAGGAAGAAAAGGAGGUCCACACCUCUAAACUCGAAGUAUACGGCACACCCAAACAUUCCGCCAUGUCCCUCUGCGUUGGAGUACCCGUCGCGCUCGCUGCGCUUCGCGUCCUAGACAGCCUUCGUGUUAGUGGUGGUGGGGUUGGUGCAGAGUUAGAAUUGGGUGUAUGUGGGCCGGACGACCCUGCGGUGUAUGAAUACGUUCUGGACAGGAUGAAGGAGAGGGGUUUGGAGAUGAAGCAUCGAACGAAGAAGCUCGUAGGAGGGAAGAGUGAGAGGAGUGUGGAGGGGAGGCUGAAGGAGAUUUGGAACUGAUACCUCGAGUCUUAAUCUGAGUUGGAUCAUGUGUAUAUGUAUAUGGGAAAAAUGUGUGUUGU